AUAUUUAUUAUCUUGACACAUGCCUAAUAAUCGAACCAACCUAAUCGUGAUUUGACGGGAAAUGUGAGACUGUACGGAAUUCUGAUAAAUUGCGUUUGUUAUCGCUGCUGGCCAGACACUUUAAAUGCCACAGACGAACUUGUAAAUCGCCGCACAAAGUAUUGUCAAGGUCCACGGGAAGGGCCUUAGUAGCAGACAGAUUUAAAAAGAGGGACAUUUGUACAUGAUAUUUCUAUCAAGUAUCAGAAGCAGAGAAUAAUUUUGAUUAAAAAAAAAAAAUUUGAAAAUCCAAAGGCAGAAAUAUAUAAAAUCUCAAAAUGAUAUCUAGUGAAGUGAAACUUUACACUCUGGAAGAAGUAGCCAAGCACGAUGGCGAAAAGGAUCGCCGAGUUUGGUGUGUGAUCAGGGAUAUCGUUUACGACUUUACGGAUUACUUGGAGCAGCAUCCAGGAGGUGGGGAACUGAUAACGGAAUUUGCAGGGAAAGACGGCACAGUUGCAUUUGAUGAUUUUGGACACUCGUCGGAUGCAAAGAAUGACAUGAAGCAGUAUAAAAUUGGUGAAUUGGUCGAGGAGGACAAAAGAGCCAACAGAAAGAAAAAGAUUGUCAACGGAAAUGAAGUAACUGCUGAAACGGCUAACGUCCAAACUAGAAGGCCAUUCUUUAAAAUCUUAUGCGGCAGUUGUGUCGCUUAAUCAAGAUUUCUCAUUGAGUUGAUAUAGUCCAAAUUAUUUUUUAUGGACCAACAAAUUUUGCCCAGCCUCCCACUAAAAGGCGUCUGAAUUAUAGAGGGAUAAUAAGCCCUUGAGGAGAAGGUGGCUAGUCUAAGGAGAGUGCAACCCUUCUGUGCCUAAUAGAAAUACUGGGCUGUAUAAUAAUAGAGGGGAUAGAAUCCUAGUUUCGUCGAUUCGAGUUUUCUAUCUUCUGGUGAAAAAAUUUGGAAUCUGUUAAGAAACUUGUAAAAUAUCAUGUCAUUUGCAUAUAUUAAGUUUCCUCUAUAUAUAUUAUCUGUCAUUGUUAAAUGGAUAUUAAAUAGUUAAAAAAUGA